UUUCCUCAUUCUCUAUGGUACGCGUGCACGUAAGCGGGUCAUUCACGAGUACAUAUUAAGCAGAGGCGCCAUAGGUAUUGCACGUGAAAUAUGGCGUCGCCUGCUCGUGAAAAACUGGUGUGGAGUGGAAAACUAUGGAUAUCGUGUCUCUUCGUUUUGUUCUUCCUAAGCUUCAUACAAUGCGUUGCAAUAGAGGGAGAAGUCCGCCUUGUUAAUGGUCCCACUUCACACGAAGGUCGGGUUGAGAUAUACCACAAUGGCACGUGGGGGACUGUAUGUGAUGACUACUGGGAUAACGCGGAGGCUAAGGUAGUUUGUCGACAGCUUGGAUACUCGGGCGAUAUUGGUGCAGCCAGAACUCUUGCUACAUAUGGAGAAGGAUCUGGCCCGAUAUUACUUGAUGAUGUCGCCUGUUCAGGAUCUGAAUCCAGGUUGACUGAUUGCAGUAGCAACGGAUGGGGCUACAGCAACUGCGGACAUUCUGAAGAUGCUGGAGUUAUCUGCGAAAUAAAUGCUGGAUCACAAGGAGACGUUCGCCUUGUUGACGGUCCAACUGAGAGUGAAGGUCGGGUUGAGAUCUACCACAAUGGUCUGUGGGGUACAGUAUGCGAUGAUUAUUGGUAUGACGCUGCUGCGAUAGUAGUUUGUCGACAGCUCGGAUACUCAGACAAUGCUGGCCAAGCCAGGAGUGGUGGUACAUACGGACAAGGAUCUGGCCCGAUAUACCUUGAUGAUGUUGACUGUUCGAGUUGGGAAUCCAGGUUGGAGGAUUGCGGUAAUCGUGGAUGGGGCACCCACGAUUGCGAUCAUUCUCAAGAUGCUGGAGUUGCCUGCGAUAUUAAUGAUGAAACAGGAGACUUACGCCUUGUUGACGGUUCCACUGCAGACCAAGGUCGGGUUGAGAUCUACUCCAGUGGUGUGUGGGGGACAGUAUGUGGUGACUUUUGGGAUGACUCUAAUGCGAAGGUAGUUUGUCGACAGCUUGGAUACUCAGGCAAUAUUGGUGACGCCAGGAGUGGCGGUACAUACGGACAAGGAUCUGGCCCGAUAUACCUUGAUGAUGUUGGCUGUACGGGAUCUGAAUCCAGGUUGACUGAUUGCAGUAAUGGUGGAUGGGGCAGCAACAACUGCGGACAUUCUCAAGAUGCUGGAGUUUAUUGCAAAGCUGGAACGGAGGGAGAAGUUCGCCUUGUUAACGGUCUCACUGCAAAUCAAGGUCGGGUUGAGAUCUACUACAAUGGACAAUGGGGGACAGUCUGUGAUGACAUGUGGGAUGACCUUGACGCGAGGGUCGUUUGUCGACAGCUUGGAUACUCAGGCAAUGUUGGUGUAGCCAGGGUUGGUGGUAAAUACGGACGAGGAUCUGACCCGAUAUAUCUUGAUGACGUCGGCUGCUCGGGAUCUGAAUCCAGGUUGACUGAUUGCAGUAAUGGUGGAUGGGGCAUCCACAGCUGCGGACAUUCUGAAGAUGCUGGAGUUAUCUGCGAUAUUAAUGUUGCACAACAGGGAGAAGUCCGCCUGGUUAAUGGUUCCACUGUAAACGAAGGUCGAGUUGAGAUCUACUACGAUGGCCUGUGGGGGACAAUCUGUGAUGACAAUUGGGAUGACUCUGAUGCAACGGUAGUUUGUCGACAGCUUAGAUACUCAGGCAAAGGUGGUGUAGCCAGGAGUGGUGGUACAUACGGACAAGGAUCUGGCCCGAUAAACCUUGAUAAUGUCGGCUGUUCGGGAUCUGAAUCGAAGUUGACUGAUUGCAGUAAUGGCGGAUGGGGCAACCACAGCUGCAGACAUUCUGACGAUGCUGGAGUUAUCUGCCAUAGUAAUAAUGGAACAGAUGGAGACAUCCGCAUUGUUGACGGGUACAGCUCAUAUGAAGGUCGGGUCGAGAUCUACCACAACGGUCUAUGGGGGACAAUAUGUGAUGACCAUUGGGAGGACUUUGAUGCAAGGGUAGUUUGUCGACAGCUUGGAUACUCGGGCAAUGUUGGUGUAGCCAGGAGUGGUGGUACAUACGGACAAGGAUCUGACCCGAUACACCUUGAUGAUGUUGAAUGUUUGGGAUGGGAAUCCAGUUUGAUUGAUUGCACUAAGAGCGAAUGGGGCAUCAACAACUGCGGACAUUCUGAAGAUGCUGGAGUUAUCUGCGAUAUUAAAGUUGGAAUAGAGGGAGAAGUCCGCCUUGCUAAUGGUUCCACUGCAAACGAAGGUCGGGUUGAGAUCUACUACGAUAGUCAAUGGGGAACAGUAUGUGAUGACUUUUGGGAUGAUUCUGAUGCGACAGUAGUUUGUCGACAGCUUGGAUACUCGGGUGGUGAAGCCAGGUUUCUUGCUACUUACGGACAAGGAUCUGGCCCGAUAUACCUUGAUGAUGUCGAAUGUUCGGGAUUUGAAUCUCGGUUGAUUGAUUGCAGUAUUAACGGGCUGGGCAACCACAACUGCGGACAUUCUCAAGAUGCUGGAGUUUUCUGCUAUAUUAAUGCUGGAACGGAGGGAGAAGUCCGCCUUGUUGACGGUUCCACUGCAAACGAAGGUAGGGUUGAGAUCUACCACAACCAUCUGUGGGGGACAAUCUGUGAUGACUAUUGGGAGGACUCUGAUGCGAGGGUAGUUUGUCGACAGCUUGGAUACUCAGGCAAUGUUGGUGUAGCCAGGAGUGGUGGUACAUACGGACAAGGAUCUGACCCGAUAUACCUUAAUGAUGUCACCUGUUCGGGAUAUGAAUCCAGGUUGAUUGAUUGCAGUAUUGGCGAAUGGGGCAACCACGAUUACUGCGGACAUUCUGAAGAUGCUGGAGUUAUCUGCGAUAUCGACGAUGGAACAGAAGGAUACGUACGCCUUGUUGACGGUUCCAGUGCAAACGAAGGACGGGUUGAGAUCCACCACAAUGGUCAAUGGGGAACAGUCUGUGAUGACUUGUGGGAUGACCUCGACGCGAGGGUAGUUUGUCGACAGCUUGGAUACUCAGGCAAUGUUGGUGUAGCCAGAAGAGGUGGUACAUACGGACAAGGAUCUGGCCCGAUAUAUCUUGAUGAUGUCGGCUGUUCGGGAUCUGAAUACAUGUUUAUUGAUUGCAAUAAUACCGGAUGGGGCAACAACAACUGCGGACAUUCUCAAGAUGCUGGAGUUUACUGCUAUGAUGAUGAAAUAGAUGGAAGAAUUCGCCUUGCGGAUGGUUUUAUUGAAAGUCAGGGCCGAGUCGAGAUUUAUUACGAUGGCCUGUGGGGGACAAUCUGUGAUGACAACUGGGAUGACUCUGAUGCAAGUGUAGUUUGUCGACAGCUUGGAUACUCAGGCGAUGUUGGUGUAGCUAGGAGUCUUGCUAGAUACGGACAAGGAUCCGGCCCGAUAUACCUUGAUGAUGUCGGCUGUUCGGGAUCCGAAUCAAGGUUGAUCGAUUGCAGUAAUGACGGAUGGGGCAACCACAACUGCGGACAUUGGUACGAUGUUGGAGUUAACUGCGCAGACGAAAUAGAGGGAGACGUUCGCCUUAUGGAUGGUUUCACUCCAGACCAAGGUCGGGUUGAGAUCUACUACAAUGACCGAUGGGGGACAAUCUGUGAUGACCGUUGGGAUGACCUUGAUGCGAGGGUAGUUUGUCGACAGCUUGGAUACUCAGGCAAUGUUGGUGCAGCUAGGAGGGGUGGUACAUACGGACAGGGAUCUGGCCCGAUAUAUCUUGAUGAUGUCGGCUGUUCGGGAUCUGAAUCCAUGCUGAGCGAUUGCAGUAAUACCGGAUGGGGCAACCACAACUGCUUACAUUAUGAUGAUGCUGGAGUUUACUGCUAUGAUGAUGAUAUAGAUGGAAGAAUUCGCCUUGCGGAUGGUUUCACUGAAAAUCAGGGCCGAGUCGAGAUUUAUUACGAUGGCCUGUGGGGGACAAUCUGUGAUGAAAGUUGGGAUGACUAUGAUGCAAGGGUAGUUUGUCGACAGCUUGGAUACUCAGACAAUGUUGGUGAAGCUAGGAGUCGUGCUACAUACGGACAAGGAUCUGGCUCGAUAUACCUUGAUGAUGUCGGCUGUUCGGGAUCUGAAUCCAUGCUGAGCGAUUGCAGUAAUACCGGAUGGGGCCACCACAACUGUGAUCAUUCUCUCGAUGCUGGAGUUAACUGUGAAGAUGUAAUAGAGGGAGACGUUCGCCUUGAGGAUGGUUUCACUCCAGACCAAGGUCGGGUUGAGAUCUACUACAAUGACCGAUGGGGGACAAUCUGUGAUGACCGUUGGGAUGACCUUGAUGCGAGGGUAGUUUGUCGACAGCUUGGAUACUCAGGCAAUGUUGGUGUAGCCAGAAGAGGUGGUACAUACGGACUAGGAUCUGGCCCGAUAUACCUUGAUGAUGUCGACUGCUCGGGAUCUGAAUCCAGGUUGACUGAUUGCAGUAAUGGUGGAUGGGGCAUCCACAACUGUGGACAUCUUGAAGAUGCUGGAGUUAUCUGCGAUGAUGAUGGUAUGGGUGGAGUCAUCCGGCUGGUUGACGGGUACAGUUCAGAUGAAGGCAGGAUUGAGAUCUUCCAUGAAGGUCAAUGGGGGACAGUCUGUGAUGACAGUUGGGAUGACCUUGACGCGAGGGUAGUUUGUCGACAGCUUGGAUACUCAGGCAAUGUUGGUGAAGCCAGGAAUGGUGGCAUAUUUCCGCAAGGAUCUGGCCCGAUAUAUUUUGAUGAUGUCGGCUGUUCGGGAAAUGAAUCCAGGUUGACUGAUUGCAGUAAUGGUGGAUGGGGCAAGCACAACUGCGAACAUUCUGAAGAUGCUGGAGUUAUUUGCAAUAUUAAUGAUGAAGCAGAGGGGGAAAUCCGACUGGUUGACGGAUACAGUUCAAAUGAAGGUAGGGUUGAGAUCUUCCAUGAAGGCCAAUGGGGUACAGUCUGUGAUGACAGUUGGGAUGGCCUUGACGCGAGGGUAGUUUGUCGACAGCUUGGAUACUCAGGCAAUGUUGGUGAAGCCAGGAGUGGUGGCAUAUAUCCGCAAGGAUCUGGGCCGAUAUACCUUGAUGAAAGUGGCUGUUUGGGAUCUGAAUACAGGUUGACCGAUUGUAGGAAUCGCGGAUGGGGCAUCCACAACUGCGAACAUUCUAAAGAUGCUGGAGUUUUCUGCGAUAUUAAUGAUGACAUAGAGGGAGAAAUCAGACUGGUUGACGGAUACAGUUCAGAUGAAGGUCGGGUUGAGAUCUACCACAAUGGCCUUUGGGGGACAGUAUGUGAUGACAGUUGGGAUGGCCUUGACGCGAGGGUAGUUUGUCGACAGCUUGGAUACUCGGGCAAUGUUGGUGAAGCCAGGAAUGGUGGCAUAUAUCCGCAAGGAUCUGGCCCGAUAUACCUUGAUGAAAGUGGCUGUUCGGGAUCUGAAUCCAGGUUGGAGGAUUGCGGUAACCGUGGAUGGGGCAUCCACAAUUGCGAACAUUCUAAAGAUGCUGGAGUUUUCUGCGAUAUUAAUUCUGGAACAGAGGGGGAAGUUCGCCUUGUUAAUGGUUCCACUGUACAUCGAGGUCGGGUUGAGAUCUACUACAAUGGCCUUUGGGGGACAAUCUGUGAUGACAGUUGGGAUGACCUUGACGCGAGGGUUGUUUGUCGACAGCUUGGAUACUCAGGCAAUGUUAGUGUAGCUUGGAGUGGUGGUACAUACGGACGAGGAUCUGACCCGAUAUACCUUGAUAGUGUCGACUGUUCGGGAUCUGAAUCCAUGCUGACUGAUUGCAUUAAUGACGGAUGGGGCAACCACGACUGCGGACAUUCUGAAGAUGCUGGGGUACAGUGUGACGAUUCUCCAAGAACACAGCCUGCGGUGAAAACAUCUCCACGUGUCGUAAGUGUCAUGGCAUCUGUAGGUGUGUGCUUGUCCUUGCUGACCAUACUUGCCAUCAUAGCCGUAUGUUGGACCAUCAGACAAUCGAAGACCAGCUUUACACCCCCGCUAUCGGAACGAGCUUUAAUUCCUCUCGAUUCCCUGAGUGCUCAACCUGCAUGCGAGACCGAUUUAGAACCAAGCGGAACAAUCAUUUGAAAGGUUUAUGAUUUAUGAUGUAAAGCACAGUUGAUGACAUACCCUCCAAUUAUUUUCUUAUUUAAAUGAAAUAUGAGUUAUUAUUGUCGUUUUUGUUUGAUCGAGGGUAAUUUGUAAAGAAAUUGACAAAAUUGCUCCUUGUCCCUUAAUAUGUGCUUAUGUCCUAACCCUUAAUUUAGCCCUCAACCCCGACUUGCAAAACGAACACUAGCAUUGUAUCUUGGAUGAAAUAAAGCAUGGACUUCGAGCAAAAGUCGUCGUUUCAAAAUCUGACAGAUUUUGUCACACAUUGCACGUUUUUCUGGGCUGGCAUAUAUUAUCUCUCUUUCAUCAUCAAUGCCUUAAAAACACAUUUUCCAAAAUUAUUCUAUAUUUAAACAAAAUUCCGUUGUGAUGUCUCGUAAAGGCAUUCAGAUGAUGAUAUACGUACAUCCACUACCUUAGACCAUGCUUACAUGGAUUUCAUGUGUAUGUUUUGGGGGGAUUAUCUGCUUUUGCGGUGAUUUUUCCUACAACAUAUAAUUUUUGUAACAUGUGCUUUGAAAAGUUAGAAAAUCUUAACAUAGAUACAAAACUGCUUUAUUAUUAUAUUUAUAUUUAUAUUUACUGAAUACACUAGACCAUACUAUUGUGAAUAUUAAUAAUACGUAAAUAUGCCAAGGUUAUGUUAUGUUAACAUUUACCUUAUAGGCCUACUGAUGUGUGAUUAAAAUAUGAAAUAAUAUUUACGCUGACAAUUUCUUUCGUUAUGUACAUGCAAAUAACAAAAAAUAAUAUAAUACCAUUCAAAAAUUCAAUCAGAAAAUAAUAAGUUCUGAGAUUUUAGAUAUAUUGAUGAUGAUGAUGAAGAUGAAGAUGAUAAAAUA